UUUCCUGAUUCGCAAUCCCAAUUCCGUUUCCCCAUUUUUCUUCUCCUCUUUUUUCCUUCCUACUCCUGCAAAAUUCUCAUCCUCUCCUAAUUCUGAUCGCCCUCCUCUCCGCCGCCGCCGACGCCGCCUUCCUGAUUCUUCUGAUUCUUAUCAUCGUAGCUGUUCAUGGAAGCAGGAGUUGAUACGCCUUUUCAGACGGAGAGAGGCGGGAUGGGGAUAUUGGUGGACCUUUCGUCCGGUGAUGGUCUCCUUCCUUCCUCUUCUUCUUCUUCUUCUUCUUCUUCUUCUUCUUCUUCUUCUUCUUCUCCACCACCGAGAAUUCCGAAGCGGCUUCGUCAGAGACUUCUUGUGGAGUGUAAGUCUCCCAGUACUGUGGAGGAAAUUGAGGCUAAGCUUCGUCAUGCUGAUCUUCGUCGUCAGCAACACUAUGAGAAGUUGUCCAGCAAGGCUCGACCGAAGCCGAAAAAUCCCUCACAUUUUUCUUCUCAGGAGGGAAACCUUGGACAGCGGCUUGAAGCAAAACUCCUGGCUGCAGAGCAGAAGAGGUUGAGCAUAUUGGCUCAUUCUCAGAAGCGUCUUUCUUUGUUGGAUGAGGUACGACAAGUUGCUAAAACUGUUGUGGAGAUACGUAAAGAGAAAGAGCGUCAGAAGCUUGGGAAAGAAGUUGCAAUUCGGGCGCAACAAGCUGAGGCCAAUAGAAUGCUUAUGCUGAAGGCUUACAGGCAACGAAGGGCCUCACUGAUGGAAAGGUCAUCUAUGUCAUUGGUAAGAAAGAUGGCUUGGGAAAAUAAGUACAAGGAGCGAGUGCGUGCUGCAAUUUCUCAGAAACGUGCAGCUGCUGAGAAAAAACGGCUGAGUUUGUUGGAAGCAGAGAUAAAAAGGGCACGAGCUCGAGUGUUGCAGGCUCGACAUGUGGCUAAGUCUGUAUCUCAACAGCGUGAGCUUGAGAGGAGGGAAAUGAGGGAUAAGUUGGAAGAUCGAAUGCAAAGGGCAAAGAGAAAGAGAGCAGAAUUCUUGAGGCAGAGAGUAAGGCCAAAUAUAGCUACUCGAGUGACUAGAAUUAGGAUGCACAAACAGGCUGACAUCCUAUCCCGAAAAUUAGCAAGGUGCUGGAGGAGAUUUCUUAAAUUGAGGAGGACUACUUUAACAUUGACUGAAGCAUACAAUUCCUUAAAAAUUAAUGGAAAAUCUGUCAAGUCAAUGCCUUUUGAGCAGUUUGCUGUUCUGAUUGAAUCAAGUUCUACUCUCCAAACUGUUAAAGCAUUACUUGAUCGGCUUGAAAGCCGCUUGAAAGUUGCUAAGGCUGUUGCUGCUACAAGUUAUCCAUCUAAUUUUGAAAAUAUUGAUCACCUCCUCAUGCGAGUUGCUUCUCCUAAAAGGAGGUCUAGUCCAAGUUCUUCUUCAAGGAGCAGAAAUACAAGUAAAGUUAUUAGGGAGGUGCCUAAAAGUAUUUCUAAACCAUCCAGAUAUCCAGUUAGAGUGGUCCUUUGUGCUUAUAUGAUACUGGGUCAUCCUGAUGCUGUUCUUCGUAGUCAGGGAGAACGUGAGAUUGCUCUGGCCAAGACUGCAAAAGAGUUUGUCAAUGAGUUUGAACUAUUGAUAAAGAUUAUUUUGGAAGGGCCAAUUCAGAGUUCAGAUGAUGAAUCAGAAUCUUCACCAAAACAGUGGUCCUUCAGAUCUCAGCUUGCUGCAUUCGAUAAAGCAUGGUGUUCUUACCUAAAUUGCUUCGUAGCGUGGAAGGUGAAGGAUGCACGAGCCUUAGAAGAGGAUUUGGUGAGAGCUGCUUGUCAUCUUGAAUUGUCUAUGCUCCAAACUUGCAAGUUAUCAGAUGGAGGAGAUAAUGCUCUUACGCAUGAUAUGAAAGCCAUCCAGAAGCAGGUCUCUGAUGAUCAGAAACUUUUAAGAGAAAAGGUUCAGAACCUUAAUGGAGAUGCUGGGAUUGAGCGUAUGGAAAAAGCUUUAUCUGAAACACGAUUUAAGUACUUUCAGUCUAAAGAAAAUGGAAGCCCUCUGAGUUCACCAGUUACACAGUUUAUAUCUUCGCCUAUAUCCAACUCAGACGGUCCUUCCGUUUCAAGAUCAGAUGUCGGGAGCAAUGAGGACAAGUAUGUCAAGAGGCCAGCUCAUGUAGUCCGUUCUUUGUUCAGGGAAGAUCAAAUGAUGGCUAAACCAAAUGAAUUAUCUGAAUCUAGUAGAAGCAUUCCUGAAGGUCAGUUAAGGUCUGUUGGAGACUUGACCACUGAAAAUGAACUUUUAGUAAAUGAGUUUCUCCACCAGCAACAUCCAUUUUCUGACAGUUUGGACAUGAUUGAAGAAGAUCGAAACAGUAUCCAGGUAAAGUUGAGAGAAACAAUGCAGAAGGCCUUCUGGGACGGCGUCAUGGAAUCCUUGAAACAAGAAGAGCCCAACUACGAUCGGGUGGUUCAGCUUGUGAGAGAGGUCCAGGAUGAACUUUGCAAUAUGGCUCCAGAGAGCUGGAAACAGCAGAUUACUGAAGCCUUUGACAUAGACUUUCUUUCUCAGAUACUCAAGUCAGGGAACAUGGAUAUGGACUACCUUGGGAGGAUUUUGGAGUUUUCAUUUGUCACAUUGCAGAAGCUCUCCUCUCCUUCAAAAGAGAGUCAGCUGAAGGCUAGUUACGAGAGUUUAUUUCGAGAGUUAACUGAGAUAUGUCGUCAUACUGAAGAUAAGUCGAAGAAUCCAAGCGAGAUUGCCUUGAUUAGAGGUCUGCAAUUUGUCCUGGAGCAGAUUCAGGUGCUCAAGCAAGAGAUAAGCAAAGCUCGUAUAGAAAUCUUGAAGCCUAUAUUAACCGGAUCCCAUGGUUUUGAUUAUCUUAAAAAAGCUUUUGCUAACCGAUAUGGGGUCUCAUCUGAUGCCAAUGCCAAUCUGCCAAAAACAAUGCAAUGGCUGUCAUCUGUAUGGCAUUGCAAAAACCAGGAGUGGGAAGAACACAAAAAUUUGGUAUUAUCAUCGUCUGUAGUUUCUGAGGGAUCAUUGCAGGGUUGUAACCGUAUUCCAUCGACCCCUCUAAGAACCGGUGGAAGUAUUGCUCGCCCGGGGAAUUCAGGCCAACAGACUUAUAAUACUGCCAGAGAAACUGCAGAUAACGAACAACCCGAAUGCGGUGGACGAGAAUUGGAUAUAGCUAUCAGGCUUGGACUUCUGAAGUUAGUUACUGGUGUGGCUGGCGUAACACAAGAAGUAGUACCAGAAACAUUUAGUCUUAACCUUCAUCGGAUAAGAUUCGUUCAAUCCGAAGUUCAGAAACUAAUCGUCAUAACAACAAGCAUACUUGUUUGCCGGCAGAUCCUCCUGAGCCAUGGAAGUUCAACAAUGACAACUACAGACAUAGAAGCUGCAGUUUCGAAUUGCGCUCAACAACUUUCAAACAUGUUAGACCGAGACGAAAAUGCAGGAAGCGAAGAAAUUACCGAAACAAUAGUUAAAUUCACAGGAGAUGGCAAUGCAGCAGAGGUAGAGGUGCUUCAAUCACAGAGCGUGGUUGUGAGUCGGAUGAUAAGGAAAUGCUUGCAGGCGGGGGACGCCGUGUUUGAAAAGGUGUCGCGUGCGAUUUACUUGGGAGCGAGAGGAGUCGUUCUAGGAGGAAGCGGAGGGACCGGAAGAAGAUUAGCAGAAAUGGCUCUCCGGCAAGUCGGAGGGGCAGUGCUAACGGAACGGAUGGUGAAAGCUGCCGAAGUUUUAGUAGAGGCAGCCAAUGUAUCAGUUAACGUUCAUGAAGCAUGGUACGUUGAUUUGGUUAAUUUGAUUGACUGUGAAAUAUGAAGAAGAAAUGGGGAUAUAAUAGGUGUAAAGAAAGAAGAAACCACAUUUGUUGUAUAUAAAGUAGUGUGUAAAAAGAAGGAAAGAAUUGUGUUGUUUGUGUCUGUGACUGUGUAGUGUUUAGAGAUGAUGUUGUAAACAUGGUUUGGUGUAAUUAAUGGACUGUGUAAUGUGACCUGGUGUUAAUAAUAAAGGUGUAUUUAUUAGUCUUCU